GGGAGGAGAAGGUAUAUAAGGGGCGGACAAAGGCGCCGGCGAGGCCGUUUGGCGUAGCCGCCAUUUUGUGCGCAGGGCUCUGAGCCUGAAGAGAAAAGAGCAGAGCGGCGCCAUGUCUCGGGAUCGGUUCCGUAGCCGAGGCGGUGGCGGUUUCCACCGGCGCGGAGGCGGUGGCGGAGGCCGGGGAGGCCCCAACCAUGAUUUCCGGUCUCCACCGCCCGGCAUGGGUCUUGGCCAGAACCGCGGCCCCUUGGGGGGCGGACCGCCUGGCGGGGGCCCUAAACCCGAACCCCCGAAGCCGCCCGUCUCGACGGCCACGCCGCCGGCCUCGUCCACUUCCGCCACUGUCACUACCUCGGGACCCUCCGGCAGCCAGGCCGGCUCCGGGCCCCCCGCGGGGCCUACACCGGCCGCGGGACAGCAACAGCCGCAGGCCCAGGCGGCCGCCGCUGCCGCUCCCCCUUCUACCCCGUCCGUCCCUGGGGGACAGGCGCAGCCGAAGCCGAGCCCCACCCCUGCCAUCGGCCCCAAAAAAGGUCAGGGCCAGUCUCCGGGCGGGGGUCCCAAGGGCCCGGGGGGCCCCCAGCAGGGCCCCGGCGGCCCGCACCCCAAGGGGGGGCAGGGACACCGCGGCGGCCCGGGCGGCGAGCAGCGCGGGCGCGGCCAGGGCCAACAGCACCAAGGGCAGGGCCUCAACUUGCAGCAGGGCUCGGCCGGAGGCAGCGGCGAGAAGAGCACGGACGAGGGCUUUAAAGCAAAUCUGUCUCUUCUGAGGCGACCUGGAGAGAAGACUUACACCCAACGUUGCCGUCUGUUUGUGGGGAACUUGCCUGCUGAUAUUACCGAUGAAGAAUUCAAAAGAUUAUUUGCUAAAUAUGGGGAGCCUGGAGAGGUUUUUAUCAACAAGGGGAAGGGAUUUGGAUUCAUUAAAUUGGAAUCCAGAGCACUGGCUGAAAUUGCAAAGGCAGAACUUGAUGAUAUUCCCAUGAGAGGCCGACAGCUUCGAGUUCGUUUUGCCACACAUGCUGCCGCUCUGUCUGUGCGUAACCUUUCACCCUAUGUGUCCAAUGAGUUAUUGGAGGAAGCUUUUUCACAGUUUGGUCCAGUUGAAAGAGCUGUUGUGAUUGUAGAUGAUCGAGGCAGAUCAACAGGAAAAGGCAUUGUUGAAUUUGCAUCUAAGCCAGCUGCAAGGAAAGCAUUUGAACGGUGCACCGAAGGAGUAUUCUUGUUGACAACUACUCCUAGGCCAGUUAUUGUGGAACCACUUGAACAACUGGAUGAUGAAGAUGGUCUUCCAGAAAAGCUUGCUCAGAAGAAUCCAAUGUAUCAAAAGGAAAGAGAAACUCCACCCCGCUUUGCUCAGCAUGGCAGUUUUGAAUUUGAAUAUUCCCAGAGGUGGAAAUCCUUAGAUGAAAUGGAAAAACAGCAAAGAGAUCAGGUGGAGAAAAACAUGAAAGAUGCCAAAGACAAACUUGAAAGUGAAAUGGAAGAUGCCUAUCAUGAACAUCAGGCAAACCUCUUGCGUCAAGAUCUUAUGAGGCGUCAAGAAGAAUUGAGGCGUAUGGAGGAACUUCAUAAUCAAGAAAUGCAGAAACGCAAGGAAAUUCAGCUAAGGCAGGAGGAAGAACGUCGUAGACGGGAAGAAGAAAUGAUGAUUCGCCAGCGUGAGAUGGAAGAACAGAUGAGAAGACAAAGGGAAGAGAAUUACAGUAGAAUGGGUUACAUGGAUCCAAGAGAGAGAGACAUGAGAAUGAGUGGUGCCAGCACAAUGAACAUGGGAGAUCCCUAUGGUGCAGCAGCUCAGAAGUUCCCACCUAUGGGUGGUGGUGGUGGCGGUGGCGGCAUAGGUUAUGAAGCCAGUCCUGGUGUUGGCCAACCAGCCAUGAGUGGUUCUAUGAUGGGAAGUGACAUGCGUGCUGAACGCUUUGGGCAGGGAGGUGCGGGGCCUGUGGGUGGCCAGGGUCCUAGAGGAAUGGGGCCUGGAACACCAGCAGGAUAUGGUAGAGGGAGAGAAGAAUAUGAAGGCCCAAACAAAAAGCCCCGAUUUUAGAUGUGACCAGUAGUUUCAUUCCAGUUUGUUUUUGUCUGCCUUGUUUAGACACCAACUUUUAAAUUCUUGCAUUUUAGUAAGAAAGCUACAUUUUUAUGGAUGUUAGAAACUAGUGACCUAAUAUUUGUAAGUGGUCUGUUUGGACAAGUAAAAUUUAAUUAUGUAAUGCAGUGUUUCAAAAAAAAUUAGCUGUUUUUUUGAUGUAUAACAUCCCUAACUUGAUGGCAGUGUACCAAUUUUUUUUACUGUGCUUCAAAUAAAUAGAAUACUAAAUGUAGUAACUAUUCUGAUCAUAAACUCGCCAUGCAUGGUUCUAAAGGAGGCUAAAUGCCAUACCUUUCAACAUAAAACAAAUGAGUCUUGGAUUUAGAGGUCUGAUUUAGACCAGGAUGCAGAAAAGUAGCUUAAGGGUGAGGCCUCCUCCCAUUAUGCCUCAAGCUUUACGUUUGGGUCAAAUAGUUGUAGACUGAUACUUGAUCUUCCAAUGGGUACAGAUUUUCAGAGCAUUCCUUAUACUGCAAUAAGGAAAUAAAUGGAAAUUUUGCAAGUGUUGUAAGAUGCAGUAAUGGAAACUAAACAGCAAAUGAUGCUGCUGUCAUGUAAUGAGUUUUAGAUUUUAACAAUGGAGGGUGGGAUGGUGGCAGAGACUUAUAUCUUUGGGCAUCCACUGCUUGAAAUCUAAAGAAGUUGAAAAGGUCACUUUUUAAAAUAAAGCCACAGAAUGGCUUGGAUUAACUGACUUCUCAAUUAAAGGGCUGUAAAUAUGACAAAUGUUUGUUUUAUACGUAAGCUGUCUACCUGAGAUGUAGGAUUGGCCUGGUUCAGUAUUUAAUACCUAACUGAAAUUGCUUGGCAAGAAGACCAGGGAGUAUUACUUGAUUAAAACAAGGAGAUUUUUAAUUUGUACUCUGUAACUUGCUUAUGUCCUUAUGCUAAUUGAGUGGACUAACUCUUACAGUUCAGAAAUCAACUAGGAUUAAUUUCAGGGGUCUGUAAAAACUGAAAUCUUCUUUCAUAGACCUUGUAGUACUUAAAUCCUAAAAUGCAUCAUGUUAAAUUCAGGUAAAUAAAUAGCCUCUUGCACUGUAGCAGGGUUCUCAGCUUUUUUUGAGUCAUGUCCAGUCUUAGCAUUUCUUUUUACUUGGAGCUUCUGCUGUCCAUGUGCCAGGUCACAGUGCCACUUAAGUUUGGCUCAGCUCACCGCACCUCCUGGUUGAGAACCCCUGUUCUGAUAUUGUCAGAUAUCUUAAUGCUGACGUUUGGCAGGCAAGAGUAGGACUAAACCUGGAGUUCAAUAACUAAUGCUAUAUAGUACAAAUAAAACUCCCUCUUAAGAUUCUGACAGAGGAAAUGGCUUCAUGAAUUUACAGUUUGUUGCUGUCCACUUAAUUAAACCCCAUAAGAAUGCAAGGUAUUCUGGACUCUGAUAUUAAUGUAGUUACUUCAUUACUGUGAUUGUACCUGACAAGCUGGGAGCAUGGCUUCCCAGUGUAAAAUGCCUUGGUAUUAAGACAGGAUACAUCAACCUGCUUGUGCAAAGUUGGCAAACUUAUUUGGUUUGGUUGUAUUUUUACCUGACUCCCAAAAUGUUGAGCAAUCUGUGAAUAGUUUUAAUUGUUAGAAGGUCUUUCCACUGUUUGUGCUAAGCAUUGGCUAAUCCUAAAUUCUGUCUCUAUGGAUAAAAGUUUUAGUGUUUAGAUUUCAUUACCUAGGAAUACAAACAGUCUGUCUUCAGAAGUGAGCACUGUUUAAAUGCUGACUGCUAAACUUUAAAUGUAACACUGGCAAGCUGUGAAAUGUUGAUAACCAGGUGUGUGACUAAAUAUUAAGUGUCUAAAUAGAGACUCAGCCAGUUUGGCAAAUCUGUUCCUAUUUUCCCAGAACUUUUUAAGAGGGUGGAUGACACUUUACCUCUAUGAAUUGAAAUGUAGGAAAUCUUGGAUCAGCAGUUCUUAAACUGGAGAUCAAGUGUCUGGGAUCUUUUGUAUAGGAUUCUUAGUUUAAAAUCAGCAGUCCAAUUACAACUUGUAUGAAUUUUACAGUAGGGACUCAAUGCAAAUGCUUUCAAAAGGGUGUUCGUGGACACCCACAGAGGGUGAAAGUGUCUGAGAUGGGAAACUCUGACAGUAAACAUUAAAUUAAUUUUUUCAGUUUAUUUUUCAGAUUACAUGUCAUUCUUUAUUAAAGAGAUGCUGGCACAUAUCCUAAAAUGCUUUCUUUUGUAGUACUGUAACUUUGAAGAGUGAAGGAUGCUGAUGUCCUAAUCAUUACCUUCCAGAGGUUUUCUCUGUAGAAUCCCUAUUUGUAUGUAAGCUGUUGCUGGGUCUUAAAAAUAGACUGUUUGCUAAACUGUGUUUAGCAAACAUAUACUGAAAGCUUCAGCAGUUUCUAUAACUUCUGAAAUAGUUGUAUUAAACAGUGUACCCUGUGUUAUAGUUGCAUAAGCAGACUUUUUUAAACAGAAUCAAGUCCUGCUUUGAGUUGCAUACAGUAGCUUCUGGCCAGUUUGAUUUCAGAACUUUUUUAAAGGUACAAUCUUAAAAGCUGACAGACAAAUGUCAGAAUUUUAAAAUUUUAUACCCAGUUAUUAAGUUGGUGGGAGGUAUUAGGGAAGUUAUCAUGUUCCUUUGGUCUUUCCCCAUGGUUCUGUGGUUUUGGAGUAUUCACAAAGUUAGGUGACUUACAUAACUGAAGUAAAGGGUUUUCAAAUCCAUUAAGAGAAGUCCUUGGUCUGGCAGACCCAUUUCCAGAUGGUCUAGACCAUGUAGAACUUUUUUUUAUAUUGGAUUUAGAGAAAAUACUGGCUUUUGCAAUUUAGUCUGCUUUAAUUAAAUUGAGCCCAUUUAAACUUUUAAUCUCUGCAGCAUAUAGAAAUGGGUAUUCUUUUGCAUGUUUUCACACUUCCUUAAAAAUGAAUACAGAGCAUAUCUACAGUACUAUGUAGAUACAGCAUACCACCUAAUAGAAAUACAGCUUAUGAGAAAUUGAAACUGCUUUUGUGAGAUUUUGUGGUAUUUUUAUGGUAGAAAAAUUCUUGGCUUCUCCUUGGCGGCAACCACUUACUGUGGCAGCAAGUUUUUGCUGGAGUUUUUGAGACUGCAAUUUUACACUCUUAAAAGUAGUGGCCUGCUACAUAACUGCACUUAGCCAGCAUUUCUGCAGUUCAUAACUGUGAGGAACGUAGUACCACAAAUGGCAAUGGACAUUAGGACCCGGAUGUAGUAUUCCUGCUUGCUCCGAGAUUCUCAUUGCCGACUGCGUACAGGUAGGUAACAAGCAAUAUAAUAUAACUUGGUGACUUUCUGUGUAACCUUAUUCUGUGGGUAUUCUGACAUCACACUUCCGACUAUGAAAUUACAGUGCAGCACUCUUCAUACUUGUAUGUUUAGCUUGCAUCAAAGUUGCGUGGCUUUCGGUUUUAAGCUGUAUCUUUUUCAGCAGCAAUAAGCAACUUAUUGCGAUUCUUAGAUAAGUAUCACAGACCCGAUUCCUUUGUACAUAUGACUUGGCUUGUGUGGAUUUUCUUAAGUACAUUGUAAUGAAGAUAUUCUUAGGUGAGCUCUGUGGGGAAGAGGGAAUGUGAUUUUAGAAUCAUUUAACUAGUCAACUAGGUGCAAUUUGCACCUAGAAAACCUGUCACUUGUAUUAACUUUCUGUAGUAGCAAAAUAUCCCAUCUGCAGUACGUCCCCUUGUAGAGUCUUGGCUAUUUAGAAAAUAUAUUGGUAAUCUUUGCUCUAGUCUUCAAUGAACUAGGCGAUAAAGAUGUAAAGCUCACUGUAGUGAGCUUUAAGACUUGGGUGUAAGUACGUCUUAGGUCAUAAAUUGUGUUCAAAUAUCUCCAUUAGUUUUCAGGGUUUAUCAACUUAAGAUAUGUUUGUUUUAAUUUCUAGGUGGCAGUGAUCAUGAUAUAUGUUCAAUUAAAGGCAACUGAAUAUGCUGGGAAUCUAUGGAUUCCUGUCUUAAAAUAUUCAUCUUAGUAGUGAAUGUACUGAUCAAAGUAGCUUAAUUUUUCAUCAAAAUAUCUUUAAGUGUGUGCUUAUUCUAAAUUCUUCACUGCUAGAAAUACCAGAUAUGGUGUUUCAAAAGGUUACAUACCUAAAUGUUUCCCAACUUCAGAAUGUGUUGACCUUCAGCUCCUAUCUGCUUUGUUGUGCUAGUUAGCUGUAACUCCAGAGUCUGAAUGUCAUACGUUUCCUUAUUUUAUCCCCUGAUCUGGUUCUUGGCAAUGCAUAAGAAACCUUUUUCAGCGGUAUUGCAAGGGUUUUUCUACUUGAGAUGCAAAGUUUUACUUUGCAUACUUGUUUCUGGUGUACAUUUUUGUCAAAUUUGGACAUUAUACUUCUGUAUUGUAUCUUCCAAGAAGGAAUCUUACUCAUUGGUGAGCAGUUUAUAAACUAGAUAGGCUUGCCCUCUGCUGUUUGUAUUCAUGUUCUUUUGAAAAAUCAAAGUAAUUUCUGCGCUUCAUAACUCAGACAGUAACAGCUCUUUAGUUACAUUGAAUGUGUAGCUGAACUUCAGCUAUUCAACCUGUGACACCAUUCGUCUCUAAGCCAGUUUGGCUGUUGCCAUUGACUUUAGAGCUUUCUGAUGAAUAAAAUUCAGUAAUGAAAUUAAUGGCAGUAUGUUUGCUGUGAAACUGCAAGAAUUGGAUUAUUAGGUAUUUCUAUACCAACAGUCAGGUCUGUUCAGAUUUGCCAGUGUGCUGAGUAUAUACUAGACACGUGACUUGCCUUCAGGAAUAUCAUGGAGGGGUUAUAUGGACACAUCUACCUUCUUCUGCAUACUUGGAAUGGUAAUAGGCUUUUGACACUCUUGGAGCAAGCAAUUUGUGACAAAGCAAUGGGUUUCAUACUAGCUUUGAAUUGUCUGCAGUAACGAAACUUAGUGCAGUAGGUCUCUUAAACAAAUAGGCAUGUCUAUUUUAAGCAAACAACUUGUAAUAAGUGGGUAUGAGAAAUAACAGUACACUGAAGUGCUUGCAUUGUGUUUCAUCUUGAUUUUAUCUUUUUCUCUAUGAAUUAUACUUUUCCCAAAAGUUUAUCUGAAGCUCGGAAGUGUGGUGCCAGAAUACAUAUGCGUACCUGUUAGAUCAGAUACUGGUGCUGUCAGGGGAGAGCACAGCACAGUGUAGCAUAUGGGGGCUUUUACUGUAACAUUAAGCAUACCAAGUCUUGCUUGCAGUUUCCCCAAUAGCAAAACACUAAACAGCUAAAUAUUGAGGCCUGUGAGUAGUUUUAGGACUUGAGCGGUAUUGGGGUUGCAUGUCCGUUAAUCAUUGCCAGCUGCAGUGACAUGAUCAGGAAGGCCUGUGUGUUGUAACAUGUUAAAUGAGGCUAAGCAUGUUGGAGAAAUUGCAUAAAUAGUGUGCUGUUUUGGACUGUUGGCUUCUUCCACUACUAGCAAGGCUGGAAUCAACUGAUCAGCUUCUGAUUUCUCUCCAUAUCAGCUAGUGGGGUUUUUAAAUGGCUGCCUACUGGAAAAGAAAAAAAUGGGAGGAUUGGCCUUCUCCCCUUUCUGUCAUUGCUGCUAGAUAAUGAUUGACAAGUUAGGACUUGAUUGUGCAAUCCCACAGUGGGCUGUGAAUACCCCAUCUAUAAAUGUUGCUUUUGAACACCAGUACUGAAGAGCUAACUGGGGAAAAAGGGGGGUGGCUACAAGUGCAUAAUCUGGAGUGUUAAAAAGAUGCACAAAGAUAUAGUAUCCCUUAUGCAUGGUGUUUGGUGCUACAGCAUAGAAAACAAUGUGCAUACUACAUUUUUUGUCGACUUAUAAUUCAGUCUCAACACUACCAAGAGGUGGGUUUGAUAUUAAAUUUGGGUGUCUCAUCCACUUGGCUGGCUAAGUAGCAUUGUGAAGGCAGUGUGCUUUGCCUCCAACUAAUAGUGUGCACAGAACUUCGUACAGACUUGUCCCUAGUUGCUGAUGAGUAGAUGAUCUUCAGCUCCUUGCAGUUUGCCCUCAACAUAGUUGUAGUGAAAGGCUUAAUAUGCAGAGGGGGGAGAAGCUGUGAUGUAGAACAAAGGUAAUUAAGCGCAUGACAAACUGUCUUCCUUUGGAUUGCAAUGCACUUGUGGGAUUCUUGGGCUGGGCACAGCUAGUUUCAGGGACACUUUUUGCUUCAUCCAUAUGGAGCAUGUAUUACUACAGAUAAGCCAAACUGAUUAAAUAUCCAGUAUAGUUUCACAGCUACAUACCUUCACAUAAGGGAUAGUAUACCUCUGACUGCAAUCAAACUUCAUUGUACUCAGACUGGUGAAGCUAGCAGUUAUGGCUUGGUGUUCAGAGUAGGUGCAGUUCUUCACUCAACCACCUGCAUAUUCUUUUACUUUCUUACAAGUGUUUAGACUAGCCUACUUUUGCCCCUUAUACUACUUCCACCUAGUAUUUUGGAAUAAUUUGUAAAUUCCCUCAUAACUAAUCAGUCCAUUUAUCUUGUAAACUUUUACUUUUAAUUUAAAGGUUAGAAUUUUGUAAUGGGUUUAGAACUUUGUUUUCAGAAACUUUCUAGUGUGUGUAUUUUUAUAGUAACUUCAGUUGUUAUCCUUCAGGUGAAGAUGAUGCAAGCGGAGUGAAAUCACGUGCUCAUCCAUGUGAACAGUAGAGCCUGAGCACAAUCCAGAAUGUGACUCGAUGUCCGGUGAUGUGGAGUAGCCAGACUGUGAAGUGAAUGGGAAGAAGCAGUGUUUGAAGUCCAGAACCCAGUGGAGAGGAGCCAGGGACUUAAGUGGCAAUGUUUUUCUUUCAAUAAAAUACUCAAUUGCUGUACAAAUGA